GCUGUGAAUGUUCUUGGUCCUCCUUUCCAGCAGAUGUCACUUUAACCAGCUGAGUUUUGAAUGAGCUGCUACAGAGAAGAGAAAGUGUGAGAAAUCCGCCUGAUGAUGCUGACACUUAACGCAACUUCAGUGAGUAACAUUCGAGGUGGAAACAAGUCAGAUCAGCCGGCUUUAAACACACCCUCAUGGCAGAAUGACAGGCUGACCAGAAGAUUCACUCUGCUCGUCUUGUAAAUCACUAAUAAAACCGUGCGUUAUUUUAAGAUGUCAGGGAGUUUGUGCGUAAAAGUGCGCGCUUCUCCCGGGCGCACCAGCACGCUCGCUUCCCGUACCAUCCUUCAGCUUCAGCUUCAUCGGAUCGUGAGCUGAACUGAGGAGGAGGAGGAGGACUAUCAUUUCGCUCCGGGGCUUCAGUGCAGCCGUGAAACCAUCUGAAAAUGGCUGUGCACCUCCGUCCCGCCCUGAGGAGCCUCGGCUGUUGGUGCGUUUUGUUGCUCCUUUUCGUCUCCGUUGCCUCCGCCGGUCGUGAUGUUGACUCGGGAAGCAAUGACACAGGGAGAAAUCCAGCACCGGAGGACUCCCAUCACCAAACUAACUCCACUCACCACAAAAAGGCUUUCCCCGUCCUGUCCUUCAACUUCGACCAUGUCCGGAAGCCCUUUGAGAUCUCCCUGUGGAUCCUACUCGCCCUGCUCAUGAAACUUGGUUUCCACAUCAUCCCCAGAGUAUCACACGUGGUCCCAGAGAGCUGCCUGCUCAUCGUGGUGGGUCUGCUGGUGGGUGGAAUCAUCAAAGCCUUCGAUGAAGAUGCCCCCGUCCAAAUGCUCGACUCCAAGUUCUUCUUCCUCUACCUGCUGCCUCCCAUCAUCCUGGACGCCGGGUACUUCCUGCCCAUGAGGCCCUUCACAGAGAACCUGGGCACCAUCCUGGUGUUCGCCGUGGUGGGGACGCUGUGGAACGCCUUCUUCAUCGGGUUAACGAUGUACGGUGUGUGUCAAAUCGAGGCCGUCAAGCUGGGGAGGGUGGACCUGCUGUCCUGCCUGCUGUUCGGAUCCAUCGUCUCGGCCGUCGACCCCGUCGCCGUCCUGGCUGUGUUCGAGGAGAUUCAUAUCAACGAGCUGCUGCACAUCCUGGUGUUCGGAGAAUCGCUGCUUAACGACGCCGUCACUGUGGUUUUGUAUCACCUCUUCACAGAGUUUUCCCACAAAGGCACCGUGACUGUGGCCGACGCUUUCCUGGGUGUAGUGUCUUUCUUUGUGGUUUCACUGGGAGGCAUCUUGAUCGGUGCCAUCUACGGCAUCAUCGGCGCUUUCACAUCUCGCUUCACUUCACACAGCCGGGUCAUCGAGCCGCUGUUUGUUUUCCUCUACAGCUACAUGGCUUAUUUAUCAGCGGAGGUCUUCCACCUGUCAGGCAUCAUGUCAUUAAUAGCCUGUGGCGUGGUGAUGCGCCCAUAUGUGGAGGCCAACAUAUCCCACAAAUCCUACACCACCAUCAAAUACUUCCUGAAGAUGUGGAGCAGCGUAAGUGAGACGCUCAUCUUCAUCUUCCUCGGCGUUUCCACAGUGGCCCAGCCUCACCCCUGGAACUGGACCUUCGUCGUCGUCACCGUCGUCGUCUGCUUUGUGUCGAGAGUUUUGGGUGUCGUCAGCCUCACAUACAUCAUCAAUAAAUUCCGUAUUGUGAAGCUGACCAAAAAGGACCAGUUCAUCGUGGCCUACGGUGGCCUACGAGGUGCCAUCGCCUUCUCCUUGGGCUUUCUGCUGCCGGAUAAUGAAAUGAAGCAGCUGUUCCUCACUGCCAUCAUCACCGUCAUCUUCUACACCGUCUUUGUGCAGGGAAUGACCAUCAGGCCUUUAGUGGAGCUCCUGGCAGUGAAGAAGAAGAAGGAAAGCAAAGGAUCAAUAAAUGAGGAGAUUCACACACAGUUUCUGGAUCAUCUCCUCACAGGAAUUGAAGAUAUCUGUGGUCAUUAUGGACAUCAUCACUGGAAAGACAAGCUGAAUCGCUUCAAUAAAGCCUAUGUGAAAAAGUGGCUGAUCACAGGCGAACGCUCCACCGAACCACAGCUCAUCUCCUUCUACAACAAGAUGGAGAUGAAACAGGCCAUGAUGCUGGUGGAGAGUGGGAGCGCCGCCAAGCUGCCCACCAUCAUGACACCUGUUUCCAUGCAAAACAUUCAACCAAAAGAGCCGCUCAAGAGAAGGGCGAUCCCGAGUAUCUCCAAAAGUCGUGAGCAAGAAAUCAGGAAGAUGCUGAGAGGAAACCUGCAGAAGACCAGACAGAGGCUUCGUUCCUACAGCAGACAUGACCUGAUGGUCGACCCGUUUGAGGAGGACGUCAGUGAGGUUCGCCUCAGGAAGCAGAGGGUUGAGAUGGAGAGGAGGAUGAGUCAUUACCUCACAGUUCCUGCAAAUCGACAGGAGACACCGCCAGUGAGAAAAGUCGCCUUCGAAUCAGAGCACCAGGUUUACACUUACGAUGACAGUGAAAGUCCCAAAGGACGCCGGGCUCAGACGAACCCCAGACCUCCAGAUGAAGUCCAUCUGCUCAGCGAGUCGUCCACGAGGACCAAUCAGAGAGCCACGCCAGCAGACGAGCAGGACGACCAGCUCAAACUGUCCCGAUGUCUGAGCGACCCUGGACCAAAGAAGGACGACGACGAAUCAUGACUGUCAUUUUAAAGAACCUGUCGCCAUGGCAACUGGGGAUGAACUCUGCAGUCUGUUUUGUUUAACAAAUCGAGAGCCUUCAGUGAAUGAGAUGAGCUUCAUAUUUAUAUCCUUUUUUUUUGGCAUGUUUGUGUUUACCAUAUGUGGUAAUCUAUUUUGAAAUGCCUUUACUUACUGUUUUUAUCACCAAGCAGUAUUACCAAAGCACACACCAGGAGUUGGUUCCAAAAACUUUACCCAGAGACUCGUGUUUAAUGUUUUUUGUGUCUUAACAAGCAUCAAAUGGUAAAAGUAAGACAUUGUACUUGUUUUAAUCAUGUUGAAGCAUCAGAGAGGAGGAGUUUAACCUCCAAACAGCACAUCAAGAAGUAACAAGUGGUACCAGGCACAACAAACCCCACCCCUCACAUGUAUUGUAGCUUAUUUUGGUAUCGAUCCAGCUGAUGUCAUCAUGUCUAUGCAUGUGCUGAUGUUGGCAUAUCAACUG